GUAACCGAUGUUAGUCGCUGAAAAAAGUUCACAGUUAUGUCUACAAGUUUAAUAUGUGUAUUAUUCAAAGAAAAAGACGACAGCUAAUGCCGAACAGGUUGCCUUAGAAGUACAAACUACACGUUUUUAAAAGUUGCAUUUCUAGAACUCGGGCGUGUUCGGUUAAAUGUUAUGAUAAAAUGGGAUUCUCUUCUUUGCUUAAUGAUUGAAAUGUGGCAGAAGUCUUGCAACAUUAACCUAAAUAAACUUUAUUCAAUUUUAAGGGAAAAAGAGGACGGUGUUUAACUCUAGUUUAAUUCUAAAUAAAAAGUAAGAUGGGGAUUGGUUAGUACCGGUUGCACACACUUGUCCAAACAGCGGGGAGUGGCACAAUGACAUUUGUUAAUAAUGAGCUGUCACGUUAUUUUCCUCCAUAUUUAAAGUUGUGUGCAACAUUAACAGCAUACACCAGGGUUUCUCUCUCGAGGUCUUGGUGACCCACUGCCCUGCAUGUUUGUAGAUGCUUCCCUGCUACUACACACCUGAUUCAAAUGUCAGCUCAUCAGCAAACACUGUUGGAGCAGGGAAACACAUGUAGGGCAGGGGGUCACCAGGAUUGAGAAACUCUGACAUACACUUUAUAAUAUACUGUGUGUAUAUAUAUAUAUAUAUAUAUAUAUUUUUUUUUUAUAAUUUAUUUUCUCUAUCUUCAGUUACUGCUUUUGUUCUGAUAUAUUGAUGAAGUCGCAGCAGACCACCUGUUUGAAUUUGGGCGCCAUCUUGGCUUCAGUUUAUGGCAACAUCAGGUUUUGUUGUGUAGAUGAUCAUGGACAACAACAAAGUGUGUGUCUGUGGGAGUUGGGCCUGUGUGUGUGCUGACAUAAGGCCUCCUAUUGUCAGUGUGGUACUGGUUGUAACUGUAGAACACACACUACAACUGAUCCUGUAACAGGAGCUAAAUUUGCAGUUAAUCAGUUACUUCAGUCUUCACGGUUUUAAAGAGAAGCACUUAUGUACCAUUAGUGAUAGGUCUAGUAGUUAUGGGACGAUACACAAAAGAUUUAUCUUUGUCAAACUCUUUAAGGAGAUUAAACAGAAUUAUUUUUCUUAAAAUAAUGUCGUCUAAUCUUCAGCAGGUUUUUACACUGAGAGGUCCGCCUCACUUCUCUCUUCAAAGUACCUCGAGAUGGAAGAUAAAAUAUCUUUCCAAGACAUCAAAGUACACUUUGCCUUUUUUCAUAGCGUCUAUUUUGACAUAGAGCACAGGUGUGACUGAUCACAUUAACUACAUCUUUGUUCAGUUCAUGUAAAUCAGGACAGUGUAACCGUGAACCAGCAGGCACCGUCAAACUGAGGAAGCCGAAUGGAAGUUGGCCAUUGUUCAUUUGAUUAUUUCAACCUGUUUUUCCCCCAACUGUGACCUGUCAGAAUAUCACAUGUAAGGUGCGACACGUAGGGCUUCAUUCAUCCUGCAGUCCUACCAGACUACCCUUGUCUCCACCAUGGACAUCAUAGAGGAGGACCUGACCUGCUCCGUGUGCUACUGUCUCUUCUCUGACCCGCGAAUCCUGCCGUGCUCACACACCUUCUGUAAGGCCUGCCUGAACAGCUUACACCAAGAGUCCACAAACCACGGCAUGUGGCUGCCUCCAAUUCAAAUUAAAUGCCCCAACUGUCGCAGCAUGACGGGGCAUCUCCCCAGGGGUGUCGAUGCUCUACCCACCAACAUGUCUCUGAAGGCCAUCAUUGAGAAAUACCAGCGGGACAGUGUGUCACGCUCGCCCUCCUGUCCGGAGCACGGCGGGCAGCCUCUCAACAUUUACUGCAUCCGCGAUCGACAGAUGAUCUGUGGAUUCUGUCUGACUGUCGGGGAGCACCAAGGGCACUGCAUCGAUGACCUGCAGUUGGCUUUUGUCAAAGAAAAAGAGACGCCGUCGUCACUGCUGGCAACACUUUCUGAGAAGAGAUGGGCAGAGGUGUGUGAGCUUGGGGAGCAGCUGGAGAAGGAAAAGGCUCACUGUGAAGCUCUGCUCAGCCAGGACAGAGAGGAAGUGAAUCACUUUUUUCGGACGCUAGACGCGGUGCUGGCCAGGAAGAGACAGGCCUACCUGGAGGCCCUCGAUAAAGCUGGAGCAGAGGUAUCGCGGGCAUAUGAACCACUGAUCCACAGAGUGCAGGAACUACAGUAUUGUUUGCUGCAGCAGGAGCAGCAGGACCUGGUGUCUCUGGGCACAUCAGUGACGCAGGACUCCCCGCUGGUUUUCCUGGAGAAGGUGCAUUUGCUCAGAGAGAGGGUAGAGGAGUUUAUUACAACCCCUCUGCCCUCGCUGAUAAACCUCUCCAUCAGCCCGCGGGCAGCCGAGUUCCUCCUGCAGCACUGGUCUGCUGUGACCAUAGGCAGCCUGGAGGAAGCUCCUGUUCCCAAGGUGAGCUGCUGUUCCCGAUGUGGCAGUGCCGAGUCAGGAAGACAUGGCACCAACAGAUGGGCAUGGGACGUACGGCGUGACCUGCAGCCUUAUUCCCCCGUGCUGCUGCUGCUGGUGCUGGCAGUGAUGUGGUUGAACCAAGUUGAAGCCACAUCACUUGGCUUCUCUCUACUGUCUCCAUUCAGUGAGUUAGUCCACUGCCUGAACAGUGAGGUCAUCUCUCCCGUAUGGGACCUGGUGCGGUCGGUGUACUCAGUGAUGGAGGCUGCCCUAGAGAUGUGGAGCACACAGCUCUCCUCACUCAGGGUCAUGGCUGUUCAGCAGCUGAUGGCUUUAUUUAAAACUCACUGAAAGAGACAAAAGUAAAACCUUCAAUCUUUACACUCCUGAAGAAAAAGAAGAACUGUAAAAUACCAUAUAAACAGUUGUUCGUUAUUUGGAUGUCGCACUUUAUAAACAUAUUUAUAUAACAUCCUGUAUCUUCACAAAUACUUUUUAAAACAUAGCCCAACACAGAAUCCUUACCAGGUCGUGAUAUUGCAGGUCCUUUCCAUGUUUUUGUUAAAGACUGAGCAUGUGUAUAUUGGGAAAUUCAUCUUAAGUGAAAGACCGGAUAUUGAAUAUAAUUAAAACAUUUUUUAUAAUUUUUUUUAGCUUCAUUUCCCAGGGUUUCCCGGAGGACCAGUCAAAGCCUGUGACAUCAGCUGCUCAUUUGCAUGUUUGAAAAAAAAAAACCACCACAAAAAAUGUGGCAAAUAAAAGGCUUUUGUCAAAUUCUUAAAA